CUGCGAGGCGGCUAGGUGCCGAGGGAUCUGACCGGCCGAGCGCACCGGGCGGGCUCCGAGCGGCGAGACCGAGCCGGAGCCCGAGCCGCGGCCGAGCCCGGACCAGACGCGAGCGCGGUGCGGCGCUGCGCGGGGCCCCUGCGGGCGGAGGAGCGGAGCCGGCGCGCGAUGGCCCUGGGAGCGGCGCGCUUCUCUGCUCCGCCGGGAGCGCCGUCUGCCGCCGGGGACGCCAAGAUGUCCGGACUGCAAACCUGCACUGUUUUGAGAGAGAGAUGACUUGAGUGGCCGUCUUUUAUCUCCACAACAAUGUCUGUGAACAAUUCCAAACAGCCAGUGUCUCCUGCAGCUGGGAUCCUUUCAAAUACAACUUGCCAGACGGAAAACCGGCUUUCAGUAUUUUUUUCAAUCAUCUUCAUGACAGUGGGAAUCUUAUCAAACAGCCUUGCCAUUGCUAUACUCAUGAAGGCAUAUCAGAGAUUUAGACAGAAGUCCAAGGCAUCGUUUCUGCUUUUGGCUAGUGCUCUGGUUAUCACAGACUUUUUUGGCCACCUCAUCAAUGGAGCUAUAGCAGUCUUUGUAUAUGCUUCUGAUAAAGACUGGAUCCGCUUUGACCAGUCAAACAUCCUUUGCAGUAUUUUUGGUAUCUGCAUGGUAUUCUCUGGUCUGUGCCCACUUUUUCUAGGCAGUGUGAUGGCCAUUGAACGAUGUAUUGGAGUCACCAAACCAAUAUUUCAUUCUACGAAAAUUACAUCCAGACAUGUGAAAAUGAUGUUGAGUAGCGUGUGCUUGUUUGCUGUUUUCAUAGCUUUGUUGCCUAUCCUUGGGCAUCGAGGCUAUAAAAUUCAAGCGUCGAGGACCUGGUGUUUCUACAAAACAGAACACAUCAAAGACUGGGAAGAUAGGUUUUAUCUUUUACUUUUUUCUUUCCUGGGGCUCUUAGCCCUUGGUGUUUCACUCUUGUGCAAUGCCAUCACAGGAAUUACACUUUUAAGAGUUAAAUUUAAAAGUCAGCAGCACAGACAAGGCAGGUCUCAUCAUUUCGAAAUGGUCAUCCAGCUCCUGGCUAUAAUGUGUGUCUCCUGCAUUUGCUGGAGUCCAUUUCUGGUGACAAUGGCCAACAUUGGAAUAAAUGGAAACCAGUCUCUGGAGACAUGCAAAACAAUACUUUUUGCUCUCCGAAUGGCAACGUGGAAUCAAAUCUUAGAUCCCUGGGUGUAUAUUCUCCUACGGAAAGCUGUCCUUAAGAAUCUCUACAAGCUUGCCAGACGCUGUUGUGGAGUGCAUGUCAUCAGCUUACAUGUUUGGGAGCUUAGCUCUAUUAAAAAUUCCCUAAAGGUUGCUGCUAUUUCUGAGUCACCAGUUGAAGAGAAAAUAGAUCAGCAAGUACCCAGUUUAAUAGGACAGUAAGUCAGUGUAGGUCUAGGACAAAAUUAAGGAAUGUUUUGGCAAUAUUUCAGUUAAUUGGUUAAAUAUGUAAACCCUAACUGGAAAAUACAGACCUUAGCAGGUAUUUGGGGGGCACUUCUGUCAGAUUUGGCUUUUGGAAUUUGUUAAAUUAACUGUAUAAUUGCACAUUUUCAAUGAUUUUUGUCAAGAGGAGGUAAACACAUUAAAAUAAUGCCAUGGGAGUCCAGUUGAAAACAAUUUUGGGCUUAUCUGUGUUAUUCAUGCUUUUGAAAUUAGUGACUAUUGAAACCGAAAGCAUUUGCUUGUCUUGUUUGCCAAAGGACAUUUUAAAACUAUCUGCAACUGAAAUGCCUUUUUGGGGGUCACUGCUCUGCAGUUGUUCCUCAUAGGCAAGGCUCAAUGAAAUGAAACACCCUCAUUGUUUGGUCUGGUCUGUUUUACACCACAUUAUUAUCCUCAGUCAAUAUGUACAUGUCAUGUCACAUAGGAUUCACUGCGGCUUAUUUUAAUGACCUCUACAUAGAGCAGGUGUGGCUGUCAGGUUGCCUGAUCUUGUGCGCCUGGUUAGAUUGAGCCUAUUCUUGUCUUAUUUGGCAAAUAUGACUGUUUGCAUUUAUUAUUAGUAAAGUCAAUUGCUGUUUGAAGGUUUUUUUGGCAAAUCAUAGAUUUGCAGUUUUCAAAUGAUCCCCUUCUGAAAAUUCUAGUGCACAGUAAAUAUAUUUUAGAGAAACGAAGGUUUUAUCUUAGUGCAUUUAUAGACCAUUUGUAUCCUAACACUUCCUAAGCAGCUUGACCAUGGAUAGUGAGUCAAACAGAACUUAAAUCCCAGGGAUGGGUGCAAGGUAAAGUUGCUUUACCUUGAGCCGUCAUUUCUGUCAGAGAACAAAAGGAACAUAGUCUUAUAAUAUUCAAAGACUAUCUGCAGCUAGUGUGUUUUUGCUUUCCACUUACAUGCACACACACAGACAUCAGAAAUUUCUGUUGAAAGUGGGUUCAUUAAAUCUGUGAGAUGGCGUCUUCUAAAGCCCGUGUUACCUGUAUCAGGGAGGAUUGGCAGUUAGGCAUUUGGAAAUCAUUACAGUGGUUAACCAAGAGAUCAAGGGGUAAUAUUCUCUCCCCCAAUUUCCCAAUAAUACUUUAGAGUUUUUUCUUUGCUUCCUUGUAUAAUUCAACCUCAAGAAUUUUAGUAAUCAUUCAAAAUGUCCCAAGUCUAUCAGAGCACAGGGUAGGUAGUUCUGCUUUAUAAUAGGGCAAUUCAUUCUGUGAGUUUUUUUGCCUUCAUUAACUGGGAUCCAUUUUAAAAUUAAUCUUUGUAAGACUGAUUUCACAUUCUCCAGGAAAUCUGUGCAGUUCAAGUAGUCCUAUGUUCACAAAAUUUUGCUUUGAACUGGUAAUUUACAUAGGACAUCAUUGCUAACUUUUGUGAAUUUUGACAAAUUCUCAUGAAUACAUUAAAAGGAAUUAAACAAAUGAUCCCAUUUAAAGGCAACCAUCUUUCUAGUGAAUUUAAAGAAGGGAAACAGACAUAAACACAAUGGCACAUGAUAUUCUUAACUGAAGAGUAGUUAAUGAUUAAUUGAACAAAUUUAGAUUAUUCUCAUAUAGAAAGCACACACAGUAGAGGCUCCAUAAAUACUUGGAAAAUUGAGUCACAGACAAGAAUUUCCUGGUGCAAAAUAGGCAUGGCAUUGCAAAGGAAUUUUUGCAUUUUUAAUUUAAAAUGACAGUUACAUGUUGGCUAUGUUGAGAUACAUAUGUGAAAGCCAUUGUAAUUUGUGAUUGCUGUUAAAUUGCAUAAAUGUUCUCAUGACAUUGUUUCAAGAGCACUUUAAAUCUGUAAGAACUUUUAGAUGGUUUAGAGGGCGUAUUUAUUUCUCAGAACUACUUAAGAGAGUAUUGGUGCCCUGUGUACUGAGACACAAGGACCCACAGCUCCCUCUUUCCUUCUCACGCUGGGUGGGAUGCUGCAGUGAACACGUCCAGGUAUUAGGAUCCAGGAGAAGCAUGGAAGAGAAGCUCUCAUUCGGAGUCCGGGAUUCUUUUCCUUGAAGCUUCUAAUAAAAUGACAGAAUCAUUGCUCUCAUGCCAUGAUGAUGCCCUGGCCAUAUGUAUCGGAAAUAUUGUGGCAUGACCAUGUGGGGGAAUGCAUGAGCAUGUACGUUUUGGGGAGUGACAUGGGAGUUACUCUGUCCAUGUCCUGGAAGGAUUAUCUAUAGUAUAUGAGCAUAGGUUUAGGACAACUAAGUUGGUUUUUUGAUAGUGUUAAACCCAAAAAGUAGACACCAAAAAUUGAAAAAAAAAAUUAGUGAAAGAAUAUAUGUUUACAUUGUUUUGGCUUUUCAUCCAAGAAAAAUAAAUUGAACACAACAAUAUACAUAUCUGAUUUCAGAAUAUUAUUUGCUAUUAUAUAUAUAUAUAUAUAUAUAUAUGUAUUUUUCAGUGUAAUUUGGCAAUUCACUGUAUAGUGAAUUAUAGAGUGAAACAUCCACUAAUAACUUUUAUGUAAAUGUUCAAAGUAGAAGUGUAUUUGUUUAGGUUACUGGAAAUAAAUAGUACAAGUAGUGGUCAACAAGUUUACCAAUUUUGAAGUUUUAAGCUCUUUUAAAGCUCAUAAUUAGAUCAUCAGAGUAACUGAAUUUCCCUUCUCAUGGGGUAAAAUAGUAUCUAAGCAACUUCACAUACAAUUAAAUCAUAUUAUUUCUGGGGAAUUACAUUAUUCUGGGUAAAUGACUUGAAAGUACCAGGCUUUUUCUGAUGUCAAUGAAUUUAAAAAUGAGAUUAACAAAAAUCCCAACAGCACAUGACUAUGAAUACAAGACAGAUAAUGCUGACUCAUAAUUAGUUGUGGAUGCAUCCCCAAACGUCAAACUUUUUACUGAGAGUCUUAAUAGAAAUAUGCUCUUUAAAAUUUGUUUCUAAAGGCAUAAAGUUGCUUUUAAUUAUCUGUAUUGCUGAAGUGGAAAAUACCUAAAAGUUAACAUACAUUCACACAUUUAUAGAUACAUCUGCCUUAUGUAGCAAAUGUCUUGUUUGCUCAUUUUCCGAGUUAAAAAGAAAACCUGCUAUUCAUUUUGUGUCUAAUCUGAGUUUAGAACCCAAAUAAGAGCAUUUGCUAAAUAUAUAGAAUUAACUUUUUGUGAAAUUUGUUGCUAGCUACAUGUCUGUCACCAUCAUUACUCCAAUUUAACAAACUCUCAUGUCAGACUAUAACGGAUGGAAAUGUACAUUUUCUUACCGCUUCAUCUGGGUGUUGGAAUAUUUUACUACCUGAAAUAAUGUUGGAAUUCAACUUGUUACACAUUUUAACAGUAGAUGAAAUGUGUUAUGUGAAUAAAUGUAUUUUGUGCUCUUUGUACUUUUUGGAGUGUGUGAGACCAAAUAGUGAUGUGUAUAUUUUGUUGCUUGCAUCAGUAUGCAACUCAUGUAAUUUUAGUGCUUUGACUAGUUUAAAACGUCAAACAAAAGAUUUUGUAAUAAACUUGGACUAGUGUUUACAAGAGUGGUUAUUCUUGGGAGGUCACAUAAGACUUGGAACUCUUGACCAUCACUUGCACUUUUUAUCUGCUACUGGUUUGGGAGAAUUUCAACUUAUUUUCUGUUGAAAUUUUCUGCCUGCUCUUCUACAGCAACUGCUUUCCUUCUUUUUCCUGUGCUUCAUCUUACCUAGGCAGGUUAUAAUUCUGAUUGGAAUUUGAUCAUUUCCAAAACAUAGUGGCCUAGUGUUGGCCAGGAUCACCAAGACAUGUCUGUGAUAACAAACAAGCCCCCAAAUCUCAAUGCCAUAAAACCACAAAGGUUUAUAUCUUACCUAUGGUCCUGUCCACUCAGAAGGGAGCUUUGCCCACUGUAAUCACUCAGAGACUGCAGGUGACAGUGCAGCUGCCAUCAGAUGUUGCUGUGUGCCAUGAUACAGGGAAAAAAGGCAUGGUGAAUCCUGCACUGCCUCUUAGAGUGGCCACCCAGGGGUGAUACAUACUCCUCCUGCUGACACAUCUCUAGUUGAAGCGAAUGAUAUGGCCCCAACUCCAAGGGAGACAGGUAAAUACAGUACUAUGAUGUGCCCAGGAGGAGAACUGAAAAUGUUUAAUGGACAGCACUAAUGAUUUCCACAUUAGUAUAAUAUUUUUCAUUCUUGCCUUCCUAAUAUAAUUCAAACUGGAAUCAUUUAAAAAAUUUUUUUAAAUUUUGGAACAUCAUGGCAUGAAAGCAUUUAGGACUUACUCCUCUGAAUGUCUUGUAAUCUAUAAAGAUAAGGCAGAAUGAGUGCCAGAAAUACUGUUGGCAAUUAACAGAAAUUUAUAUGGUGAAACACCACUGUAGGAUAAAAAGUGGAAAACUGGCUCUCAAAAAGGCAGAAAGUGAGACACUUCUGUACACUAUCCAAGCAUUGCCUAGUUGCAGCAUUGUCUCUAAUGAUUGCUUUUCUAAUAAAUGAGGACGUUUGAGAUAUAUUUUUGCCUUUGCACAUUUAGUUACCAUUUGAUAGAAUCUGUUUACCUUGAUAUACCUUGCAUAUGAAUUCUAUACAACUAUCAGAAAACCUGAAGUAGUAUAUAAUAGCAGUGGAGCAAGAGUGAACUACAUUUCUUUUUCUUCAAGGGAGAACAGUCCCUCCUUUUUGGACCUAAACAUGACAGUAUUUGAAAGAAAUCAGAAACUUGGAUAAAAUUUCAUCUUAGUCAUCUCUAGAUGUAAGUUCAUAUAUACCAAAUAUUUUCUUCAAGGCUGCUAUAGAGAGUUAUUGCAAAGAAUUUGUGGCAGAGCUGUCUAACUGCCUUGAAAGUGAUAUGCAAUUAUAAGAAAGUAGUUUAAAGGGUUUUUUUAAAUUAAGGUCUCAUUGAUAUACACUCUUAUGAAGGUUUUACAAGAAAAACAAUGUGGUUACUACAUUCACCCUUA